UUUCAAAACGAAUUCAAUGGGUAGAAGAGUAAGGGCACAUGCCCUCAAGAGCAAAGAAAAACUUUACCAGUGUACUACCACCCGCGCUUUUCUCAGUGGGCUCUCACUCUCUAACCGUCACACUAAUUACAAUUUACAAGGUACAAGUACACCUCUAUUUAAACCCCCCGAGCAACCAUCAUCAUUCAACAGCUGCUCAGCACCACCCUGAGAGCAAUGGCGCCGACGGUGGAGGUGCUGACGUCGGAGGUGGUCGUCCCGGCCGAGGAGACUCCGGCGGGCAGUAUCUGGCUUUCCAACCUGGACCUCGCCGCGCGCCGCGGGUACACGCCCACGGUCUACUUCUUCCGGCCCAACGGUGACCCGGGGUUCUUCGCGGCGGACGUCGUCAAGGGCAGCCUCGCCAGGGCGCUGGUCCCGUUCUACCCGCUCGCGGGGCGGCUCGGGGCCGACGGCGCCACCGGGCGCGUCCAGGUGGACUGCACCGGCGAGGGCGCGGUGUUCGUGACGGCGCGGUGCGACUACGCGCUGGACGACCUGAUGCGCGAGUUCGUGCCGUGCCGCGCCAUGCGGGACCUGCUGGUGCCCCCGACGCCCGCGCCGAACCCGCCGUGCGCGCUCCUGUUCGUGCAGGUCACGUACCUGCGCUGCGGCGGCGUCGUGCUCGCGCUGUCCAUGCACCACUCCCUGUGCGACGCCCGUGGCGCCGCGCACUUCCUCGAGACGUGGGCGAGCAUCGCGCGCGGGGACGACGCCGCCGCGAACGCUCCCGUGCCGCCGUGCUUCGGCUACGGGCUGCUCGCCGCGCGCCCGGGCCCGGCGCGCGCGGUGCUGUACGACCACCCGGAGUACAAGCCGGAGCCUGUGUUGGACGCCGUCGCCGCCGCCGCGUCCGACGACGACUACGCGAGCGCCAUCAUCGUCAUGACCAAGGCGCAGGUGGGCGCGCUGAGGGCGCGGUGCCCGGGGGCGUCCACGUUCCGCGCCGUGGUGGCGCUGGUGUGGCAGUGCGUGUGCCGCGCGCGCGCGCUGCCGCCCGGCGCCGAGACGCGGCUCUACUCCAUGAUCGACAUGCGGUCGCGCCUGGACCCGCCGCUGCCGCCGGGGUACUUCGGUAACGCGGUGGUGCGCACGUCGGUGUCCGCCACGGCGGGGGAGGUGGUGGGCAACCCCGUGGGGUACGCGGCGCGGCGCGCGCUGGCGGCGACGAGCCAGGGGGACGACUACGCGCGGUCGCUGGUGGACUACCUGGAAGGCGUGGACGCCAUGAACCUGCCCCGGAGCGGCAUCUCGCGGGCGCACCUCCGCGCCAUCAGCUGGGUGGGCAUGUCGCUGUACAAGGCGGACUUCGGGUGGGGAGCGCCGGCGUUCAUGGGGCCGGCGCUCAUGUACUACAGCGGCUUCGUGUACGUCAUGAACGCGGCCGGGAAGGAAGGUGCCCUCGCGCUCGUGCUGUCGCUGGAACCGGAGACCAUGCCGGAGUUCAGGAAGGUGUUCGCCGAGGAGCUCGCCGGGCUGGAGGUGCUGUAGUGCAGUGCAGACAUGCAUAUAGCUCCGAGGAGCAGCUAGCCGCUAGUGCAUGGUUGCAUGCGUGGAACGUACGUGUGGUGAUUAUAUAGACAUGACACGUAUGUGGAACGUGACGUGUGUGUGUGUGCGCCAGCGAGCGGAACUGCGUAGAUACAGUAUUGCUGUUGAUCCAUGCCCAUGCCAGGUUAUUACGAACGUCCAUGGCGCAUGUGCUACUACUCCUACAUCGUAAAUGCAUGUGAACGAGACUGUCCAGCUCUAGACUGUGCAGUCUUUGGAUGCUUCAUGCAGGCCUAUAUGGAUGUUUAUAUUGGUUUUCAUAUAAAUAUAUAGUACAUGACAAAUAAACAGAACACAUAUUUGGAUA